GAUUAUUGUUUGUUUGCUUUAAGCUCAAACUUAUAUAUACAGAUCUGUGAAAAAUUUGUAAAUCAUCCACCAAUAUUGAUUAAAAAUAAAUCCAGCUACUUGAAUGAUGGUACUACCCACGUUGAUCAUGAUUCUGUGUGUCCUUCCAACACUCUCUGUUGCUGAAGAUAGUGAAGCAAAAUUAGCACUAUUGAAAUGGAAAGAUAGCUUUGACGACCAAAGUCAAACUCUCUUGUCAACUUGGAAAAAUAACACAAAUCCAUGCAAACCCAAAUGGAGAGGAAUUAAGUGUGACAAAUCCAAUUUCAUUUCUACCAUAGGUCUUGCAAAUUUAGGAUUAAAAGGUACACUUCACUCUCUCACCUUCUCUUCAUUUCCCAACCUCCUUAUGAUAGACAUCCGUAACAACUCCUUUUAUGGAACCAUCCCCGCACAGAUUGGUAACUUGUCAAACAUAAGUAUUUUGACUUUUAAAAAUAAUUAUUUUGAUGGUUCCAUCCCCCAAGAAAUGUGUACAUUAACAGGUUUACAAUUCCUUGAUAUUUCCUUUUGUAAAUUAAAUGGAGCAAUUCCUAAAUCCAUAGGAAACUUAACCAACCUAUCAUAUCUUAUUUUAGGAGGCAACAAUUGGUCUGGUGGACCUAUUCCUCCUGAGAUUGGUAAAUUAAACAAUUUAUUGCAUCUUGCAAUUCAAAAAAGUAACCUAGUCGGUUCCAUUCCACAAGAAAUUGGGUUUUUGACAAAUCUUGCAUAUAUUGAUUUGUCAAAAAACUCUCUAUCUGGUGGUAUUCCUGAAACCAUAGGGAACUUGAGCAAAUUAGAUACACUUGUUCUUUCUAAUAACACCAAGAUGUCUGGUCCAAUUCCACAUUCCUUGUGGAACAUGUCUAGCUUGACCGUACUCUACUUUGAUAACAUAGGUCUUUCUGGUUCAAUCCCUGAUUCCAUACAAAACUUGGUUAAUUUGAAGGAACUUGCACUUGAUAUCAAUCACCUUUCUGGAUCCAUUCCUUCCACUAUUGGAGACUUGAAAAAUCUCAUUAAGUUGUAUUUGGGAAGUAAUAAUCUUUCUGGACCAAUUCCUGCCUCUAUAGGAAAUUUGAUCAAUUUGCAAGUCCUCAGUGUCCAAGAAAACAAUCUCACUGGAACUAUUCCAGCUUCAAUUGGAAAUUUGAAGUGGCUCACUGUUUUUGAAGUAGCUACCAAUAAACUUCAUGGUAGAAUUCCAAAUGGUCUUUAUAACAUAACCAAUUGGAUUUCCUUUGUUGUGUCCGAAAAUGAUUUUGUUGGACAUUUGCCGUCUCAAAUAUGCUCUGGUGGAUCGUUAAGGUUAUUAAAUGCUGAUCACAACCGUUUCACCGGUCCAAUACCAACAAGUUUGAAAACCUGUUCUAGCAUUGAAAGAAUCACGCUGGAGGUGAAUCAAAUAGAAGGUGAUAUAGCACAAGAUUUUGGUGUAUAUCCGAAGUUGCAAUAUCUAGAUCUGAGUGACAAUAAAUUUCAUGGACAAAUUUCACCAAACUGGGGGAAGUCUCUUAAUCUUCAGACCUUUAUAAUAUCUAACAAUAAUAUUUCUGGUGUUAUACCAUUAGAUUUUAUUGGUUUAACCAAGCUGGGCGUGCUUCAUCUUUCUUCAAAUCAAUUGACUGGGAAACUCCCAAUGGAAGUACUAGGAGGCAUGAAAUCAUUAUUUGAUCUCAAGAUUAGCAACAAUCAUUUCUCAGAUAACAUCCCAUCAGAAAUUGGAUUGCUGCAAAGACUUCAAGAGUUGGAUCUCGGAGGAAAUGAGUUGAGUGGCAAGAUACCAAAAGAACUUGUAGAGCUACCGAAUUUACGAAUGCUGAAUUUGAGCAGAAACAAAAUUGAAGGAAUUAUUCCAAUUAAGUUUGAUUCAGGUUUAGAAUCUCUUGAUCUCAGUGGCAAUUUUUUGAAAGGAAAUAUACCAACAGGUCUUGCAGACUUGGUGCGGUUGUCAAAGUUGAAUCUCUCACAUAAUAUGCUUUCAGGAACCAUUCCUCAAAAUUUUGGAAGGAAUUUGGUUUUUGUUAAUAUAUCAGACAACCAGUUAGAAGGUCCACUACCAAAAAUUCCGGCUUUUCUUAGUGCUUCAUUUGAAUCAUUAAAAAAUAACAAUCACUUAUGCGGAAAUAUCAGAGGUUUGGAUCCUUGUGCUACAAGCCAUAGUCGAAAGAGAAAAAAUGUCCUUCGACCGGUAUUCAUUGCUUUAGGAGCUGUAAUAUUAGUGUUGUGUGUGGUUGGAGCUUUGAUGUAUAUAAUGUGUGGAAGAAAAAAACCAAAUGAAGAAAGUCAAACUGAAGAAGUGCAGAGGGGAGUACUAUUUUCCAUUUGGAGUCAUGAUGGAAAAAUGAUGUUUGAAAAUAUUAUUGAAGCUACUGCAAAUUUUGAUGACAAAUAUCUCGUUGGAGUCGGAAGUCAAGGAAAUGUUUACAAGGCAGAGUUAUCAGAAGGUUUGGUUGUUGCUGUGAAGAAGCUACAUCUAGUAACAGAUGAAGAAAUGUCAUGUUUCAGUUCAAAGUCUUUUAUGAGUGAGAUUGAAACCUUGACAGGAAUUAAACAUAGGAACAUCAUAAAACUUCAUGGAUUUUGCUCACAUUCUAAAUUCUCGUUUUUGGUUUACAAGUUCUUGGAAGGUGGAAGCUUAGAUCAAAUACUAAACAAUGACACACAAGCCGUUGCAUUUGAUUGGGAAAAGAGGGUGAAUGUUGUUAAAGGUGUGGCCAAUGCUUUGUCCUACUUGCAUCAUGAUUGCUCGCCUCCUAUAAUUCAUCGCGAUAUAUCAAGCAAGAAUGUUCUUCUUAAUCUUGACUAUGAAGCUCAUGUUUCCGACUUCGGGACAGCUAAGUUUUUAAAGCCUGGCCUACAUAGUUGGACACAAUUUGCAGGCACUUUUGGGUAUGCAGCUCCAGAGUUGGCACAAACAAUGGAAGUGAAUGAGAAAUGUGAUGUAUACAGUUUUGGAGUACUUGCUUUGGAAACCAUAAUGGGAAAACAUCCAGGAGAUCUCAUUUCAUUAUUUUUGUCACCUUCUACGAGACCGAUGGCUAACAAUAUGUUGUUAACAGAUGUUUUAGAUCAAAGACCUCAACAAGUAAUGGAACCAAUUGAUGAGGAGGUUAUCUUGAUUGCAAGGUUGGCAUUUGCUUGCUUGAGUCAAAAUCCACGUUUACGACCAAGCAUGGGUCAAGUUUGUAAGAUGCUUGCAAUAGGAAAAUCACCUUUGGUGGGAAAGCAACUUCACAUGAUAAGACUAGAACAACUUCACUAUGAAAUAGUCUACUGUACAUAGAUAAUAAUGAUACUAAGAUCCUUGUCUUUUGUUGUUUCUUCAGUUGUAAGCUUUGUGGUAAUAAGAGUUUGACUUUGAAAAUUUCAUAUGGAAAGAUUGUACAAAUGAACAAAUUUGCACCGA